UCAAACGAGUUAGGCGGCUUUGUUCAAAUGUAGUUUUCUAUGUAAUUUAGUGGUUUCACCCUGUAUUUUCGCAGAAAGAUAUGACAUCUACGAAAGAGGAUGACAACAAUUCUUCUGGUUUUGGGCAGAGAGAUUUUUCCACAGAGGAGUACCAAGCCAUACAGAAUGCUCUUCGACAAAGAUUGGGACCUGAGUUUAUCAGCCAGCGUGCUGGAGCAGGUGGUCAGAGGCUGGCCUACAUAGAGGGCUGGAGGCUGAUAAACCUGGCCAAUGAGACAUUUGGCUUUAACGGCUGGUCCCAUACUAUCACUAACCAGACAGUCGAUUUUGUCGAUCAAUACAAUGGCAGAUUCUAUGUGGGUGUCAGUGCGUUUAUAAAAGUGAAGCUCAAGGAUGGUGUUUUCCACGAGGAUAUCGGCUAUGGCGUGAGUGAGGGUAUGAAGUCUAAGGCGCUGUCUAUAGAGAAGGCAAGGAAGGAGGCAGUUACUGAUGGCCUCAAGAGGGCAUUGAAGAGUUUUGGAAAUUCCCUCGGAAAUUGUCUUGGAGACAAGGAUUACCUAAAAUGUAUCAACAAAGCUUCAAAACCAACACCCCAGACGUAUGAAAUGGCCCACAUGAAGCAUACCGACAUUGAUGUAGAUAUCAGUAAGGUUAGGAGAAGUGGACAUAUGGGAGCAGAACAGGGCAGAAGGACAUGGGGAACAGUCACACCGCUUCUCCCCCAGGCUGACUCGGGGAUUGGUCCACAGUCAGACACAAGGGAGAUAACUCACAGCACAACUGGCAGUUCAAGGGAGGCAACUACACACAGUGGACCAUCCAGCACCAACUCUGGGCGCUCCACAAAGUCUGAAUGGACACCUGCUGAAUUAGUGUUUGAUGCUACCGAAGCUAGUACCUGUCAGGCAGCAUCUGUACACCAGAUGUCAACGCGACGGGGCUCCCUACCAGCCAAUCAGAAUAAAGGUCCUCUCCUGCCCCCUAGUGGAGAGUCUAGUGGUCAAUCCUCAACAAAUCACAGGAGGACACUCUCUGUACAGUUGGUGGACCCUCAGUAUGGAGACAAUAAAGAAGAUGAAAAAAUGAGGAACGAAAGAAUAUAUCGACAAAGACAGAAACAAAUAGAAUUUCAACAAAAGUUGAAGAAUCAAGUCCAGUCAUCAGACCAAACAACACUGAACAAUAUUGGCCCACCAAUGGCUGCAUCCACUCCUGCCUACCCACUGGGGCCACCAAUCAGCACUUCCAGCCCCAAACCAAAUAUUGGUAAACGGAGAGGUCAGCUUGGCAGUACUUCACGGCCACAGAGUAACUCGGACCAGCUGGACGGUGACAAUAAGGACCAACUACUGGUGGAAGAUGGCAAUUUUGAGGAUGCUGAGCUAUGGAGCCAGUCACUGGAUCUGGAGAAUAUAGAGCCUAUGGAAGGAGCGAAUACAGGAAAAGAGGAUAAAGGUUUAAACAGGAGCCGUACAAUAUAUAGUAACAACAGGAAGACACGGACCCCCAGUAAACAGUCAGGUAACUCUGGGUUGGGUACCCCAAAGGAUGUCACUCUCAACCGACACUUCCCUGUUACUAAGGCUGCUCUGCUUAGGAAGAUACCUGGACCAAACCCCAUAGAUGACUACAAUGGAAUUCAGAAAAGAAGAAGAGUCGACGUAUGACCUUAGGAAGCCAAAUUUGUCUGGAUUAAAACUCAGAAUAUAAGACCUUACAAACCUUGAUCGUGGUUCAGCAUUGAUCUGCUAUGCAAUGCAGUGGUGGAAAAUGGCAUGUCUAUCAUUAUACUUUAGAAGAGAUAUCACCUUAUUUCUUAUGUGAUAAUAAGUUUUUGGUGGGUAUGUUUGGUCGUCUAAAUACCUCAAAUACGAGUGUGCAAUAUUUUCCGUAAAAUGGACCAGUAACUAACCUGGUCUCUGAGAAUGAAUUUUGAUCUAGAUCACUUGUAAUGUGUACACUACAUUGUAAUCUAGAUAUCCUUGUGCACAGUGCAGAGUAAUCUAGAUAUCCUUGUGCACGGUGCAGUGUAAUCUGGAUAUCCUUGUGUACAGUGCAGUGUAAUCUGGAUAUCCUUGUGUACAGUGCAGUGUAAUCUAGAUAUCCUUGUGCACAGUGCAGUGUAAUCUAGAUAUCCUUGUGCACAGUGCAGUGUAAUUUAGAUAUCCUUGUGCACAGUGCAGAUUAAUCUAGAUAUCCUUGUGCACAGUGCAGUGUAAUCUAGAUAUCCUUGCGU